AUGGAGGAGAAAUGGAAGCCAUCGAAGAAGGAAUUAGCAGCUUCAAGUAGCCGUUCCUCCAGCAGUGGUACCACUUCCAAGUCUUCUCUCAUGAGGAGUUUUUCACAGAAGCCCAAUAGUACUUCUACUGCUGCUGGUUCUUCCAGCAAGUCUCCACUGCUGGUCAGGAGUUUCUCGCAGAAGAGCACUUCCAUUGGCAAGAAGUGUAGUAGCUUGGCCAAGGAGCAGAAGGCCAGAUUCUACAUCAUGAGACGCUGCGUCGCCAUGCUUGCCUGCUGGCACAAACACGGAGAUUCUUGA